GUGAAUGUGUCCGUCCCACCGGAAGUGUCCGGGUUGGAUUCCGGCUCUUGUCCCCCCCCCGGUAAAGGUUGUGAUGGCGCCUCCCGGCCGGCUCGGGGAUUGCCGGGGCUGCCGCCUGGUGUGCGGGCUCGGCCUGCUCGGGGCCGGCGGCUACGUCUUCGCCUCGGCCCGGCGCCUGAUGCGGAAGACGGGCGCGGCCCCCGGCCCGGGGACGGUCUGGCUUCCUGGGGCGUGGUGAUGUUAGUAAACCCGGAGACGAAAUCGCCAACAAAGUAGUCAAGGCUGGGCAAGAGCUGCAGCAGGAGCAAUCGCGAGGGACAGGAGAGUCGUCAGAGUGAACACUAACCAUGACAUCUGAAACUCACUGGCACGGUGACGGGAGGGAGAGAGAAUUCAAGUGACUGAUCUCCCCUGAAGGGAAUCCUAGUAGCACUUUUCACGAUGUGGAAAGAACUAACUUCUAAACCAGUUUCUCAACGAGUCUCUCCUGGGAAUACAGGAGAAGCAGAGUUUGUGUUGAAGUGAUGUGAAUUUCUCUGUGUGCGCGUGCAUGUAUGUGUAAUCAAUGCUUCUGUGCGAUUCUGAUCACUGUAACCCCUUUCUGUCACACACUGAAUUAAAGUCACAGUGACGAGCAGGAACUCUGCUCAAUCCACUA